AUAGACACUGGCGACACUGCCAUCCAUACGUCAGAGGUUUUGGCAGCCCGUAGGUGAACUAUUUUCUUCUUUGUUGACCUUUCCUAAAUCUUAGGUGUAAUUAUUUCAUUAUUAGACGUUUACUAGCUUUACUCUUAUUACCAAAAAUACAUAUAUAUUUUGUCAAAAUCUCGAAUAUGGACUCUGAAGAUGACACAAAGGAUGAUGUGGAUUCUGGGAAUGAGUCCAGUGGAGACGAUGUCGACUUUGCAAUGGACGUUGAAACACAUAGUACAAGGGAACGACAAACGGAGCUUGAGGAAUAUCCAUACGAAGUGUUAUCCACGGAAGAAAUUGUUCAGCACAUGGUGGAUUGUAUCAAAGACGUGAACACUGUUGUGGAGAUACCAGCAACAACAACUCGAAUACUAUUAAAUCAUUUCAAAUGGGAUAAAGAGAAGCUUAUGGAAAGAUUCUAUGAUGGGGACCAAGAUCAGUUGUUCUCCGAAGCUAGGGUCAUUAAUCCAUUUCGAAAACCAGUCAUACAAAGGCCAAAGCUACCUAGACGGAUAUCCACGUCAGGGACAGAAGAAUGUGAAAUAUGUUUUUCAGUGCUACCAUUAACGAUGAUGACGGGACUGGAAUGCGGUCACAGAUUUUGCACACAAUGUUGGUGUGAAUAUUUAACAACUAAAAUCAUGGAAGAGGGCUUAGGUCAAACAAUAGCAUGCGCUGCUCAUGAGUGCGACAUUUUGGUGGACGACGCGACCGUGAUGAGAUUGGUACGAGACCCCAGAGUCAAAUUGAAGUAUCAGCAUAUCAUCACAAACAGCUUUGUUGAGUGCAACCGACUACUGCGCUGGUGCCCGUCGCCGGAUUGCAGUAACGCCAUCAAGGUAGCGUACGUGGAGGCAGCGCCCGUUACGUGCCGCUGCGGGCAUACAUUCUGCUUCGCGUGCGGCGAGAACUGGCACGAUCCGGUACGCUGCUGCCUACUUCGCAAGUGGAUCAAGAAAUGCGACGACGACUCGGAAACUUCCAAUUGGAUAGCGGCUAACACUAAAGAGUGUCCGAAGUGCAAUGUAACCAUAGAGAAGGACGGCGGAUGCAAUCACAUGGUGUGCAAGAACCAAAAUUGUAAGGCUGACUUUUGCUGGGUGUGUCUCGGACCUUGGGAGCCACAUGGAAGCAGCUGGUACAAUUGCAAUAGAUACGACGAGGACGAGGCGAAGGCGGCCCGCGACGCGCAGGAGCGGUCGCGCGCGGCGCUGCAGCGCUACCUGUUCUACUGCAACCGAUACAUGAAUCACAUGCAGUCGCUGCGCUUCGAGUCCAAGCUCUACGCUUCCGUCAAGGAGAAGAUGGAAGAGAUGCAACAGCACAACAUGAGCUGGAUCGAGGUGCAAUUCCUGAAGAAGGCAGUAGACAUUCUAUGCCAGUGCAGACAAACUUUAAUGUACACAUAUGUGUUCGCGUACUACCUCCGCAAGAACAACCAGUCAGUGAUCUUCGAGGAUAACCAGCGCGACCUUGAGUCCGCCACUGAAACACUCUCCGAGUAUCUCGAACGCGAUAUUACCAGUGAAAACUUGGCCGACAUCAAACAGAAAGUACAGGACAAAUACAGAUAUUGCGACAGUCGGCGUAAGGUGUUGCUCGAGCAUGUACAUGAGGGCUACGAGAAGGAUUGCUGGGAUUAUACAGAGUAAACAAUCUCUCUACCGACAUAACUACCACUAGCAUAACAGAUUCACACUACUCCUUGUGAGUAGGCUGUUACACGCCUUGAUGGUUCGUGUCACUAAGGUUGAAAAAGCUGGAAUCUAGGGGAGUGAAACCUUUCCCAAAAAUCCUCAUUAUUAUUAAAGUCAGACCCCUUUUUCUAUUUAACAUCUUCAUACAUACUUAAUACAAAAAACAAUUAAACAGUGAUUAGUUGCAAUAAAUUUAAUGAUAAGCGAGCCUAAUUAUUCAGAGUCAAUAUUUCAGCGUUUUUUUAUAAUUUUUUUAUUGAUAUUAUUAUAUUUAAGAUAAUAUGUCACAAGAUUUUGAUGCAACAUAUAUGUAUUACAGAAUUAUGUAUGAACAUUACUGAGCUAAUAAUGAAAGAUUCUCUUUUGUUAGGCUCGUGUGUCACGUUUCUGAUGAAAGUGUGAAAAAAGAAAAUACUGAAAAAAAAAGCAUAAUUUAGUUAUUGUCGCCUUAUUACACCAUACAUGACAAUUAAUAAAAAUAGAAAUAGAAAAUGUCAUAAAAAUGGAAUUGAACGUGUUUUUUUUUUUUUUAUUUUGUAUCGAUAUUUUAAUUUCGCUUUUAUUCACACGUGUUCAAUAAUAAAUAAAUUUCUGAUCGAAAUACAGUCAAGUUGCAAAAAUAUAAAUUACAUCUGUAGGAUCUCAGAUAUAUAAAAAUAUAUUUUUAAAUAAACAAAUAUUAAAUAACUAUAUAGCAAUAUCAUUUUUAAAUAUAAAAUAUUAACUAAAAAUAUUUUUCGUGGUUGAAACUAACAGAGUUCAUUGUUUUUGUCUUCAAAAUCACAUGGGCAGCUUGUUCCUUUUUUUGUGACAGUUGUAUUAAUUUGGUCAACUGUGGAACGAGUGAUGACAUUGACAAUAUAAACUGUUCUAAUUUAAUAGUAAAAUUUUAACAAACUCAACAUUUCAACGUCACUCCAUCAUUUGUCAUAGAUAACCGUUUUAAUGAUUUGCAAAUUUUGGUCAGUGGAAAAUUUAUAGGUUUUUUAAUAAUAGGUUAUAAUAUAAAUAAUGAAUAGAUACAUAUUUUGUUUUCGUUAGUUUGUAGCUUAGCUAAUUACCAAUUAAUUUCACACUUCAGAAAUUCUAUGGCGCCGAAAGGAAAUCGUAUAUUUAAUACAAACAUCCUUUGGUUCUGUUGAUGUUCUUCAACCGUUAAAAUUAAUAUCAUUUUACAGUGUGUAAAAUAUUUACAUUCUCCUAAAUAGAGAGUAUUAGUUAAACAGUCCAUUUUGGCGGAUACUGACUUCGUACAUUUACAUUUUAAUAAAACUAUAGGGGGAGGUCAAAAAGUUCGCGGAAUUAGGGGAAAGGGGGUUGAAAUUAAACAUGAAACUAUUUUUCCUUUUCAAUAUUCUCCUUUCUCCUUUAACCUUAAUAGAUGUUUCGUAUCUCUCAAAUAAUUUGUUUAUACCAUCGAAAAAAAAAAAAGGUUUAUCUUUGCUGUCAAAAUAGGCCGAAGUUACAGAGUUGACUUCUUCAUCGUCGCAAAAUUUUUUCCACGCAGCUCCUUUUUGUCAAGUCUGUAUUGUAAGGUGGGUGGUCUAAUUUUUCAAACUCGCAUCGGUGGAUGGCAGCUGUCGCAACAUGGUACGUGUAGACGGAAGCGUUGUCGUGCAAAAGAAGCACACCUUUUGACAGUUUUUCUCUUCUUUUUUCCUUGAUAGCUUUUUUCAGUAGAUCCAGUAAAGAAGCGUAGUACCGUUAUAGUCAUACCACGAUCUUUAUAAUCGAUCAGCAAAAUACCUUCCAAAAAAUAGUCGCCAUUAUUCCGGCUGAUUGUGACACUUUAAACUUCUUCGGAGGCGUUGUACCUUUUUUAUGCCAUUGCAUCGACUCUUGCUUCGGUUCAUAGUUCUCAGUAGUACAUAGGACUCAGGUUCAUAGUGGUGAACCCAGGUUUCAUCUCCAGUAACAAUCCGGCCCAUAACUUCUUUCCUAUUCUUUCAAGAGAGUUCUGGCGAGAAUACUCGACACGCUCACUUUUUUGAAGUGGCGUGAGUAUUCUUGGAACCCAUCUUGCACUGACCUUAGUCAUGUCAAGAUGAUAAUUGGGUUUCCAUCAAGUUUCUUAGUGCUCAGUAAUGCUGUACGUGUGUUUAAAGUGGUGUAAAUUUUCCUUUAAUACAAAAAUAAUAAGGUUGUUUAUUACAUUAGCUAUUGUAGUAGUAUAUUAUAACACUUCACCUGCACGAUAACGAGUGUUGCCUUGAACUAGCACUAUUAAAAAAAGAAAAUCAUCUUCUAAAACUGACACACAAAUUUAUUUUUAUAUAAUUUUGGUGUGUCAUGUUUGAUUGACACUAAUCUACCAGCGUGGUAUAAUUUUUUUUAAUUAUUUGUUUUUAGCACUGUAGUCUCGAUCAUCAGAUAUGGCAACCCAUGGUAAUAUAAAUAAAACACAAUAUGAUGUUUCAUAAUUUUUUUUUUAGAAAUAAUAUUUGUUCACUAUAAUCCCCUAUUGAUGAUGAUUUGAUGAAUUUGCUAGUUGGUAAAUAAUUAUGUAAAAAAUUACACCCCACUAGAA